GGGUGAGUAUCUUUCAAACUACACUGAUCUACUUACAAAUGAGCCUAUGUAUGAAAACCUGACAGCACUAGCAAUUUCAGGAGUUGCAUUUGAUGGAGUGUGGACUAUAGCUAUUGCACUAGACAUAGCAUCAAAAAAGAUAUUAUCACGUAAUGAAAGUGGAUGUGAAAAUGUACCAGGAGAUAUAGUACCAUUGGAACAGUUUAACUAUACUAACAUGAAACUAGGCUGUAUUCUGAGACAAAGCUUUAGUGAAGUUAACUUCCUUGGAGUAACUGGUCAAAUAAAGUUCAAUAGAUAUGGCAGUAGAAAUGACAAUGUUAUAUUAUAUCAACAAUACAGAGUGAUAAAUGGUGAAGUAGGUAGAUAUUUCAUUGGCUAUGUAACUUUUGAGACACCAUGGAAAGAAGGCUUUUUUGAAUUUGCAACUGGAGAGUCUAUGGGUACUUUAUGGAGUGAUGGAGUGCUUCCUUAUGAUGGAUUUCCAGUAAUUGGAAUUACAACUAAUAGUAUUGCACUAGUUGUUAUAUAUGAUAUAGUUGCUGGAAUUGGUAUAAUUUUUGCUAUUGUUUGCUUCAUUUUCAAUAUCAUCUUCAGGAAAAAGAGAAUAGUAAAAUUAACCAGUCCUAAUUUGAAUCACAUCAUAAUAUUGGGCUCAGUGUUACUGUACAUAAGUGUCAUCUUUUAUUCUAUUUCUUCAAUGAAUAAAACAAUACAAUCAACAUUCUGUAAUAUACGUGUGUGGCUGUUUUCUUUGGGUUAUAAUCUCUGCUUUGGUGUGAUAUUAUCAAAAACAUGGAGAGUAUACUAUAUCUUUAACAAUCCAAAACCAAAGAAGAAAGGAGUGAAGGAUUGGGUACUUUUAUUCAUAAUAUUACUCAUUAUUGCUAUUGACAUCAUUAUUAUUCUUGUUGGAUCUACAGUUCCGCAAUCAAGACUGACCAGUUUUGAGGUAGUGGAUAGUGGAAAUCCUCAAGAAAUAAAUGAAGAUGAGAAAUUUCAGAACAAUUUCAUUUUGGUUUGCAAUACCAGAGUUGGAACUCUUAUUUGGCUAGGGAUUUCAUUUGGUUAUAAAGGCAUUCUUCAAGUACUGGCUAUUUUCAUGGCAUUUCAUACUCGCCAUGUCAAAAUAAAAAUCCUCAAUGAAUCUAAGGAGACAGCUGCAUUCAUUUACAUAAACAGUAUUAUACUUGUAUUACUGAUAGUGACCGAGUUCACUCUUUCCAUUUAUCACAAUACCUAUGCAGCAUUGUUUGGAUUAGGAUUGCUUAUCGAAGCAUCACUGUUUCUUGGACUCAUCUUUAUCCCUAAAAUGGUGUAUUUGUAUCUUGAUCCUAAAGGAGAGAAGAUUUUUGCUCAAUCAGGAGCUAAAUCUGGCUCCCAUGUUAAUGCAAUAGCAAAUGAUAACACAAUUGACAAUUCAUCUGAAGAAACUAUUACAAAUUUACAAAAGAGAGUAAAGGAAUUGAAGCAGAAAUUGAAAGAAUUAUCUUAAAGCACUAGAAAAUGGGAUGGAGAAGUAGAAUAAAAUUAAUGUUAUCAUAGAUAAGAUUAUCAAAUUUACACAAAAUUAUUUUUAUUCAAA